UAACUAUAUUAGUCGUGCGCGUCUAAGCAAAAUUUUGAGAAACUACUCGAGAUUUGAGUAUAGAAAUACACUGUUUUUCUCGAACAAUUGGGGUGCUUCCAAAGACAGUUCAGUCGGUAACUCUUCCGUCGAAUGAUAGCCAUCAGCGCGGUGAACACUAAAACAAUCAAAUGAACGUGCGAAACGGAGGCAAUCAUACCAAGAACGCAAUAUUAUUUGACGAAAAUCGCAGAGAUACGGGGAGAUACAUGACUCGUCAUGAUUACCCUGCAACGAGAAGAAACGAGGCGCGCGUUCCUACUUCACAAUCAUCUCAAACUAAAACCCACAGAUAUUGUUAUGAGAAAACGUCAUAUCUGGUGGCUGUGAUUGUUGUCGGGGUUUUAUCGUCAGCUAUCAGCUUUUAUGUUUUGUAUCAAGUGCUGAACAACGCGAAUACCGAAUGUCAGUGCACGAACAACAAGAACUAUAUCAAGGGUCAUGCAAUUCGUCAAAACUUUACAGAAGUUAUAAACGACUUGAAGGCAAAGUUAGAAAAGAGCAUCAAAGAUUUGAGAAAUCAAAUGGAUAAUGAUUCAAGAACUGUCAAUGGUGGACAGCCAAAUUCGGGUGACGGAUUUGAUGCGGUGUAUAAAAAGACAGAACAAAGUUUGGAGAGACAUUAUAACCAAACAGAAACAAAUAUUUCACGCCAAAUACAGGAGACAAAUGCAACGAUUGAAAGAAUCAGAGUGGAGGAAGGGAAGCCAAAGUGCCUUCUUAGACAAGCGAGAAAAAGCCAAAAUAACACAGCCAUAACUGUGAAUGUACCGAGACGUUUCGAGGAACGCGUGACAGUUGCGGUGACUUGCUCAACAACGCUUGAACAUACAGCCGAUGUUCGCUACUUGAUCCCAGCAAGUGAGGACGAUGACGUGUACACAUGUUACUGUGGCAACAAGAAUACCAAACCGACGGAUUGCCUAGCUUACUAUUGGCAAUGUAAACUGUAGUAACUUAUUAACUCGUAGCUUCAUUGAG